UCUCAGGGGCUGCAGUCUCACACCAUCUACGGGGGCAACAAUGGGCCAUUUCCAGCCGGGACGGUGCCGUGCUGCCCUGGAUGCCUGACUGCCACACACCUCCAGAGAAUCACGGUGUCUGCAAAGGGGAAGAGUGACAAAAGAAGACCCCUCCCAGUCGAGGCUCCGGUCCACGGAGAGAAGGAAGAAAGCAAUCUCCUAAUUGGUACCGUAUACAUCAGAUGGAUGGUUUCUAGCCUGCUUCCAAACCCCACCUCGGCUGAGUGUUGGGCAGCCCUUCUACAUGAUCCUAUGACUCUUGAUAUGGACGCAGUCCUGUCAGACUUUGUUCGGUCCACGGGGGCAGAACCUGGUCUGGCCAGAGACCUGCUGGAAGGCAAAAACUGGGACCUGACUGCCGCUCUGAGUGACUAUGAGCAGCUCCGACAAGUGCACACAGCCAACCUGCCGCAUGUGUUCAACGAGGGCAGGUGCCCCAAGCAGCCAGAGCGAGAGCCGCCCCAGCCCGGCCACAAGGUGGAGCGGCCCUGCCUGCAGAGACAGGACGACAUUGCCCAAGAAAAGCGACUCUCCCGGGGGAUUUCCCACGCCAGCUCGGCAAUCGUCUCCCUGGCCCGGUCCCACGUGGCGAGUGAGUGCAACAAUGAGCAGUUCCCCCUGGAGAUGCCCAUCUACACAUUCCAGCUGCCAGAUCUGAGCGUGUACAGCGAAGACUUCAGGAGCUUCAUCGAACGGGACUUGAUUGAGCAGGCGACCAUGGUGGCUUUGGAGCAGGCAG